AUGGAGUUUCUACCAAUUGAUCUUCCAAUAAUUGAUCUUUCGCCUUUAGAAGAUAAUAAUAAAUUAGAUCAAAGUAAAGAACUAACAAACAUUGCCAAUAAUAUUGAUGUAGCUUGUACACGCUAUGGAGUUUUCUAUGUAACUACAUCGUCUUUCCAACUUCGUGAUCAAAAUCAAAUAUUUGAAUCUUCACGUCAGUUUUUUUCUUUACCUGAAGAAAAAAAGAACACAAUUCCUAUUAAGCCAGGUGGUUUUACGCGAGGAUAUAUAGGAUUAGGACAUGAAUCAGGUUCUCAUCGAUUUGAAGUUAAAGAAGCAUUUUCAUAUGGAUAUGAGUGGAAUCCUAAUGAACAACCCACAAACUCAUUACAAGGACGAAAUGAAUGGGGAGAUUUACAAAAAAUUUUAGGAGAGCAAUGGCGUAAUUCUUUAAAUAAAUAUUAUGAUAAAAUGGUAGCAAUUGCAGAAUUAGUGGUAAAAAGCUUAGAAAUUGCACUUGGAAUUGAAUUAAAAAGCCACUGUGUAGGGGGAGAAACUAUCUCAAUCAUGAGAUUAUUUAAAUAUUAUCCAUAUAAUAAUGAAGUUUCCGUAAGAGGUAAAAAGUCAGAAAAUAUUGGAAGUUCACCACAUACUGAUUGGGGCUUUUUAACAUUGGUGUUGCAACAAGAAAAUAUUCAAGGUCUCCAGUUAUUCCAUGAUGGUCAAUGGUGGGAUAUCCCUAGUAAACCAGCAACAAUCGUCGUUAAUUGUGGAGACUAUCUUUCUCUUCUUACGCGUGGAAAAUAUAUUUCACCGUUGCACCGUGUGAUAAGCGAUGGGACAAAUGAACGAUACUCUACCGUUUUCUUUUAUUAUCCAGCUUAUGAAUCAAAAAUUCCAAUGAUUGUACAAUGCUCAAACGAACUAAGUAUAUUUAAGGAUCAGGCAGAUAAAUCUGACACACAUGAUGAGAAUGAUAAAGAAAAGUUAUUAGAUAUAUGCUUUGGCGAG